UGGAUCCGGAGCGGUCCAGAAAGGGUAGCCAGCACAGGGAGUAAUAACGGGAGAGGGGCGAAUAUGAGUUAAUGCUACCCGGGAAGAACACCACCUCGGAGGUGAAUAUCCUGCGAGAAAAAUCAGAGGAUUGAAUGAAAAUAUAGUUAAUUGUUUGACCUGGAGAAAUCAAAGGCGACAGGAGCGUGAGGAGAGAACAUCGAGAUACAUACAGAAGCUCCGAAUUGACUGCCAGCGAACGACUGCGUAGAAGACAGUAUGAGAGGGAGGUGACAGUGUUGAAAAGUCUAUUGCUUUUGAUCAUUUGGAUCUACGGAGUAAAGUGUUUUGUUUUCAAUGCACGUUUUUAUUUUACUUUCGCGGGGAUCAAGACUCACUUCCGGAAACCCACUUAAUUUUUUGUUGAGCUGUCGCUACAGUUUUUGAAUCAAAACUGACGAACAGACUCCAAAACCGGACUAUUGUACUGUCGUCAAUGUCUUGUCAGACGAGAUACGUCAAUUAAAAUAAUUAAAAUAUUAUCUGGGAGAGUGCGGACCGGAUCUAUUGCUAUAAAUAUUAUAUUCAAGAAUUUGACAUUCUGUAGUUAACAAAUAGCCUUUCCCACCCAAGUGAACUGGCGAGAGAGAAGGAUACAUUGUUGCUGCGUAUGAGGACGCGUCUCUGGCACAUCAAAUCAAAAUAGAAUAUUCACUUUUUUUCAUCAUCAAGAGAUUCGCAUUGACUCUACCUAGAUCAGAGGCUUUGGAAUAGAGAGCAAGAAACUGAAACUGACACUAAAAACGGUUUUGACUUUUGUUGUGCCUUGGAAUACACUUACUUGCACAUGAGCACUUUGCUUUGUCAUAUUUAUUUUUGCAUGCACGUGUUUAUUUCUUCUUCCUGCACACGAUAACAUUUUUUCACAAGCUAAAGGUUGUUGUCACUCGUGUUUUUAGUUCCGUGUCCCUCUCCUCCCACCUCUCGACCUGGCAGCGCUUAUUAAGGGCACCAGUUAACUGUGGACUUCGCUAGUUCCUUCAAGGGGGAAGGGUAGAUUUUCAUGUUUGUGCAUCUGGUGGAGGAGACAAAGACAAAAAGCUUUUACUGUGGAUGAUUUAUCUCUCUGAACUGUACCAUUUGUGUCACUGGAUUAAACCACCAGGUUGAAGUCUGGGAAAGAAAACAGCACAGAUGUUUUGGAUUGCUUUCACCUGUUUGUUUUUUGACUGAUUAGUUCACAAUAGGAUACUUACACGGAAUCUAAGAGGCAAAGGCUAUUUUUAGAGUGAUGGGGUAAAUGGUGGUAGUUGGAAAUUGAGACCCCCACACUCAGCUCACCAACACUUCCAGCUUUAGCUCUGGUUCCAUUGUCAGCUGCUGAAUUAUCAAAACUGGAAAUUCGAGUGGGGGUCCUGUCUCAGUCAAGCUCCCAGAUAUUACAUCUCACCCUGCUCAACUUCUUUUUAUCUUUGACUGGAAGUAAACUUUUCUUUCAGCACGGAACAAGGAACAAUGCAUGAGAAACUGCACUUAUAAGAAGCAAACUUGAGUAACCAAAUAUUUUCUUCCCCAUAUACACAGAGAAGCAUAUAUAUAUAUUAAAUAAGAAAUAGCUAUGAAUUAUAUAAGAAUAUAGUUUAAAUAAUUAUAUUAUAUUUUUACGUCAGAAAUAAGCAUUGUUGCCUGAAACCCAGUUCAUUGCCUUAGAGAAACAUAGUAAUAAAGAAUACAGAGGAAAGAUGACGUGAAACUUUUUUGGAAACAAGUUAAUGGUGCCUUUUUAGUUUCGUUGGUUCCUAAUGUCUCCACCACUUCAGGAUUGAAUUGUUGACAAAGAAAUAUUUUUGUGUGAAACCCUUAUAUACCUGCCUUUCCGGUUCAAACCUGAGUUUUAUUGUUGUUGGAUGUAUAUUGCUGGAUUGCAGAGAUUUCUGAAGAGUUCUGAGCCGAGGAUUACCCCUUCACUCUACACUUGAUGCAUCCUCAUAGUUUUCCAAAGUAAUUUUUGGAAUCCCCAAAUUAUAAACUUUGACUUGAUUUCUGGGAUACAGCAGCCCAACACACAAGAGUUUCAGAUGGUGAUCACUUCGUCAGUGGAGGAGAAGUCGCAGCCUUCUAACAGAAUGGUCGCAAAUCUGCCGACCGAAUCCUGGAUCAACAACCCAGAGCAAAGUCGCUACUUACCAACUCAGUCACACCUACUCCGGAAACCGACAAAAAGUGGAAGCAGCUCAGGAUGCAAGCCCCCCUCCUCUACCCUCUGCCAGCCUGCCGCCUUGGGCUUCUCCCCCGCUGAGCCAACCAUGUCGAGCCAGCACAGCCACCCCUCCUUCAGCAACAUCCACUCCAUGGCUGAACAGCAGCAGGUGCUGUCUGAUGCGACCAUACUGCAGAGGAGGAUCCCCCCAAGUUUUAGAGAUCCCGCCAGCGCACCGCUGAGAAAACUCUCUGUCGAUCUGAUCAAGACUUACAAGCACAUCAAUGAGGUGUACUACACGAAGAAGAAGCGGCGUGCCCAGCAGGUGCCCCCAGAGGACUCGAGCACUAAGAAGGAGCGGAAGGUGUACAACGAUGGCUACGACGACGACAACUACGACUACAUCGUCAAGAACGGGGAGAAGUGGCUGGACCGCUACGAGAUUGACUCGCUCAUCGGCAAGGGCUCCUUCGGGCAGGUGGUGAAAGCCUAUGACCACCACGAGCAGGAGUGGGUGGCCAUCAAGAUCAUCAAGAACAAGAAAGCCUUCCUGAACCAGGCCCAGAUAGAGCUGCGACUGCUGGAGCUCAUGAACAAACACGACACCGAGAUGAAGUACUACAUAGUCCACCUGAAGAGGCACUUCAUGUUCCGGAACCACCUGUGCCUGGUGUUCGAGCUUCUCUCCUACAACCUGUACGACCUCCUGCGCAACACCAACUUCCGCGGCGUCUCUCUCAACCUGACCAGAAAGUUUGCCCAGCAGCUGUGCACGGCGCUGCUGUUCCUGGCCACGCCCGAGCUUAGCAUCAUCCACUGCGACCUCAAGCCCGAGAACAUCCUGCUGUGCAACCCCAAGCGCAGCGCCAUCAAGAUCGUGGACUUUGGCAGCUCUUGUCAACUAGGCCAGAGGAUCUACCAGUACAUCCAGAGUCGGUUCUACAGAUCUCCGGAGGUGUUGCUGGGCAUGCCCUAUGACCUGGCCAUUGACAUGUGGUCCCUGGGCUGCAUCCUGGUGGAGAUGCACACGGGAGAACCCCUCUUCAGCGGCUCCAACGAGGUGGAUCAGAUGAAUAAGAUAGUGGAGGUGCUGGGGGUCCCUCCCAACCACAUGCUGGAUCAGGCUCCCAAAGCACGGAAGUACUUUGACAAGCUAUCCGACGGCCUGUGGACCGUCAAGAAGAACAAGGACAUAAAGAAGGUACUUUACCCCUCGGCCUCCGAGUACAAGCCUCCUGCGACGCGGCGGCUCCAUGAGAUCUUGGGGGUGGAGACCGGAGGUCCUGGCGGGAGGCGGGGCGGAGAGCAGGGGCACGCUCCCUGCGAUUACCUGAAGUUCAAGGACCUGAUCCUGCGCAUGCUGGACUACGACCCCAAGACACGCAUCACGCCCUUCUAUGCGCUGCAGCACAACUUCUUCAAGAAGACGACGGACGAGGGCACCAACACCAGCAGUUCCACCUCCACCAGCCCGGCCAUGGACCACAGCCACUCCACCUCCACCACCAGCUCCGUCUCCAGCUCCGGUACGGGACACAGCAGUGGAUCUAGCGGUUCUUCCAAUGACAACCGGAAUUACCGGUACAGUAACCGGUACUACAACAGUGCAGUUACUCACUCAGACUACGAGAUGCAGAGUCCACAGGCUCCAUCUCAGCAGCAGCUGCGCCUCUGGCCGGGGGGAGAGGGGGGCAUGGGUCCCCUGUCCAACAGCGGCAGUAGCGUUGGCGACCCCCCAUACCCCCAGCUGCUGCUGCACAAGCCGGCGGCCACCCAGCACUCACGCCACUUCCUGGGAGGCGGUGGCGUCGGGGGCAUGAUGGAACCCCACCACCCGCACCCCAUCUACGGCGGUCACCACGGCAAUGGGCGGGGCCUGCGGCAGACUGGGCAGGGGAACCAGCCCCAGGGCCAGGCUUCACAGGGCCAGCAGGGCCAGCCUCUGAUGCCCAUCUCCUCCCCACAGAUGCCGGAUAGCAUCGAGCUCAGCCUCACACACCACCACCAUCUGGGUCAGUCUUCCAUCAUGCCGCCCCCAUCCAGCUUGGACUCCAGCCAGUACGGCUCCUCCAACCUCCACCUGGGCCUCUCUGCCUUUCGGACUAGGACGGUCAUGGCCCCCCAGCCGCCCCCCGCCGGCUCCCAGCAACAGUUGGCUCAGCCCCCAGCCUCUCAGGACAGCUUGGUCGCUGCCUCCGGGCUUGGAUACAUCCCCCCAUGCUACCCGGGAAGUAACAACAAUAACAACCCUCCCCAGGGUAGCGUGGUCGGGGGCGGGAUGCUCACCGGGGGGCCCCCACCCAGGGGAGUAGGGGGCGGUGGGGGGAGGCCGGACUCUGAGGAGUCCACCAUGAUGGGUGUGUGCGGCAAUGGAGGAGGCGGUGGUCAGAACACGGCCAACUCUUGAUAAAUCUUGAACAAAUUCCAAAAGCCAUACAAUUUUAACAACGACAACAUUACAAUUUCAACACGCAUACAUACACUGUAUACACACUUGAGUUUGAAACAAAUACGGCCACACAUACAGUUACAGAGACAAACUUGUGAAAUAUCAAAGGAGUUUUGUUUUGCAUGGGAGAAGGUCGAGGGAGAAUAAGAGAGGGAGAGUAAGAGAGGGAGAGAGUGAGAGAGGGAGAGUGAGAGAGGGAGAGUGAGAGAGGGAGAGUGAGAGAGGGAGAGUGAGAGAGGGAGAGUGAGAGAGGGAGAGUGAGAGAAAGAGAGAGAGGGAGAGUAAGAGAGAGAGGGAGAGUAAGAGAGGGAGAGUGAGAGAGGGAGAGUAAGAGAGGGAGGGAGAGGGAGAGUAAGGAGGGAGAGUAGGAGAGGGAGAGUAAGAGAGAGAGAGGGAGAGUAAGAGAGAGAGAGGGAGAGUAAGAGAGGGAGAGUAAGAGAGGGAGAGUGAGAGAGGGAGAGUGAGAGAGGGAGAGUAAGAGAGGGAGAGUAAGAGAGGGAGAGUAGGAGAGGGAGAGUAAGAGAGGGAGAGUAAGAGAGGGAGAGUGAGAGAGGGAGAGUAAGAGAGGGAGAGUAAGAGAGGGAGAGUGAGAGAGGGAGAGUAAGAGAGGGAGAGUAAGAGAGGGAGAGUAAGAGAGGGAGAGUAAGAGAGGGAGAGUAAGAGAGGGAGAGUAAGAGAGGGAAGGCUUUGAAACCAUUUUUAUCCUUUUUUCAGUUUCUUUAUUUUUCUUUUGUUGAAGGAAAGAAACGGGGCUCAGUAGUUGGAAUGGAAAGUUUCAGAUAAGUUUGUUUUUAUUGUUAUUAUUAUUAUUAUAUUAUUUGAUUUUAUGUGAUUUAAGGAAAGGUUUGCAGCGAGAUUUUUGUUGUUUGGGUUGUUUUUUGGAAUGAAGGUAAAAAAGGUAAAUGAAUGGUUUGAAAAGUGGUAAUUGUUGGUUUAGAAGAGGGAGGCACGAGAGAGUACCCUUAUGCUAUUUUUAAAUUCUUAUUUAUUUUCUUUGUUUUUGUUUAGUUUUUCUGAAGUCUAGGUUUAAUUGUACAUGUUUUAUUUAUUAAACAUCACUACAUGAGGAGGAGGGUAAGUGGGGAGAUCGGAAGAGCGCUAAAUUGAGAGGUGGUUUAUUUAUUCAUUUUUAUUUUUAUUUAUACAGGUUUAGUUUUAUUUGCUGAUGGACAGAAUACACUUGCGCAUACACAGAGAAACAAACAAACUAGGGUCUUUUUAGUUUGUUUUUCAGUUCAGUAUAUCUCACCCCCGAAACACACACACACACUUUUGUUACAUUUUUUUUCUUCUCUCGCUUGACACUGGCUUAUAUAUCUGAAACUACGAAACAGAUCAUAGAAAUAAAAUGAAGCAAAUGACAAAAACCGUAGUCACCACACAGUGAGAAACUAUACGAUGAGGAGGCUGAAACAUUUGACGAAGUGAGACGCUUUCAAGAGGAGAGGGGGAACAGAACUUCUUCACAAAAGGAGGAAGUGAUUCAAGAAGAACAAAAAACAACAAAACAUUUUGCCACAAGGAAAACCAAAAUGCUUCCCUGUUGUUUCAAAAAAAAUAGUCUGCCUUCUACUUCAACAUCUAACCAGAAUCUUUCACCCUCUUUCUCUCUCUCUUUUCUUACUCACUUUUGUUUUGGACCGUAAACUACAGAAACGUAACACACAUUUUGGGUUGGAGUAACUCUGGAUAUGCUAAGCCAAAUCUUGCUCACUCUCUCUGUCUCGAUCUCUCGCUCUCUUCUCCUCUCUGCCCCAUUUUUCUGUUGGAAGGGAGGGGGGCAAUAUAUAGCAGGAGGGAGGAGUACAUACUUAUGAGGGGACACUUUCAUGCCCUCCUUACCCCCUACAGCCCCAGUGAACUUCUCUGGCCUCUUUUCUUACUCCUGUCUUUUGUUCUCCCCUUCCCUCCCUCCUUCACGACACUCUGUGAGUGCUGUUUGCCAUCAAGUUUAAAAAAAAAAGUGAACUACUUCUCUCUCGGCUGCUAUCUCCACUUUCAACCAUGUUCGGAUUGCUGCUAAAGAAAACAAACAGACAGAUAAAUAAAUAAAAAUACACUUUUUAACCCUCCUGCUUCAGAAAAAAAUGGAAAAAUAAACCACUGCAUCUCAUGUAUUUAUUACUAUUUAACAAGAAAAAGAAAAGGUAAAAAUGAACCUGUUUUCUUCUGUUUUUUGUUUGGUUGCCUUCUUCCUGCUGGUGAAAGUUGGGCAGUGACUAAAUGUAACAGUUAAAGGUGGUAUUAAAACACGGACUUAGUUUAAGUCAGCCACUGGGCGGGGCCUGAAUGGGGGAAACUGGGUAAGAAUAAAGUUGGAUAUAUAAGAAUAAAGAGUAUACUUUUGCACACAAAGGUCAAAUGCAAAUCACAGCUUUCUGCUUUUUUCAGCUUUCAGUCGACAGACCCUCAUCUGAGCAAUGUGCAUACAGUAGCAGGCCUACCACAAAGACAAACUGUUGAUGUGGCAAGCUAAGUGAUCACUGACAUGGCAUAAUAAAUCUGAGAUUUGCGUUUGACC